UGGACUGCUUGGGCAAGAGUGGGGUUUCUCGUGGCGAUGCCGUAGGUCCCACCAGCUCCGCGUCGCGGUGGGUAGCGAGGUGCCGGGCCAGGAUACUUGGGGUGAGCCGGGCAUCCAUCAGCCUCGCCGUCCCCGUGGCUGCUCGGUGGCAUGUACCGGCGUCUCGCCUCCUCAGUGCUUGGCCGCAGGGCCCGUCACCCUCGCUUCACCCCCGUUUGCCUCCGGCCGGGUUCGGGGGGCAGCAAGAGGUGGGAAGAGGAGAAGAAAGAAGAUGGGGUAAAGUGGACCCAGCUGGAGCACCGAGGACCCUACUUCGCCCCCCUUUAUGAGCCGCUGCCUGACGACGUGCAAUUUUAUUACGAUGGUAAACCCCUGAAGCUGAGCCUGGCCACAGAGGAAAUUGCCACCUUCUAUGCCAAAAUGCUUGAUCAUGAAUAUACAACCAAGGAGAUCUUCCAGAACAACUUUUUCAAUGACUGGAGGAAGGAGAUGACAUCAAAGGAGCAGAAAAUAAUCAAAGACCUGGACAAGUGUGACUUCAGGGAGAUCCACAAGUACUUUGUGGACAAAAGUGAGGCACGGAAAGCACUCUCUAAAGAGGAGAAGCAGAAACUGAAGGAGGAGGCGGAUAAGAUCCAGGAGGAAUAUGGGUACUGCAUCCUUGAUGGGCACCGGGAGAAGAUAGGCAACUUCAAAACUGAGCCACCGGGGCUUUUCCGUGGCCGUGGGGACCACCCCAAAAUGGGCAUGCUGAAGAAGAGGAUAAUGCCAGAAGAUGUUGUCAUCAACUGCAGCAAGGACUCCAAAAUCCCCGAGCCACCAGAAGGGCACAAGUGGAAGGAGGUGCGCUUCGACAACACGGUUACCUGGCUAGCCUCCUGGACGGAAAACAUCCAGAACACUUUGAAGUACAUCAUGCUGAACCCCAGCUCCAAGCUGAAGGGAGAGAAGGACUGGCAGAAAUAUGAGGUAGCCCGGCGCUUAAAGGAUGUUGUCCACAAAAUCCGUGCUCAGUACCGAGCUGACUGGAAAUCCAAGGAGAUGAAGAAGAGGCAAAGAGCAGUGGCCCUCUAUUUCAUUGAUAAGCUGGCCUUGAGAGCUGGCAAUGAGAAGGAGGAAGGGGAGACUGCGGACACGGUUGGCUGCUGCUCCCUGCGUGUGGAGCACAUCAAACUGCACCCCAACCUGGAUGGGCAGGAGCACGUGGUGGAGUUUGACUUCCUUGGGAAAGACUCGAUCCGUUACUACAACAAAGUGUCAGUGGAGAAGAUGGUGUUCAAGAACCUGCAGCUCUUCAUGAAGAACAAGAACCCAGCAGAUGACCUCUUUGACAGGCUCAAUACAUCCAUUCUGAACAGACACCUCCAGAGUCUGAUGGAUGGUUUGAGUGCCAAAGUGUUCAGGACCUACAAUGCCUCCAUCACCUUGCAGGAGCAGCUCAAGGCACUCACGAACUCUGAAGACAAUGUCGCAGGAAAGCUCCUCUCCUACAACCGAGCUAACCGAGCUGUGGCCAUCCUGUGCAACCAUCAGAGGUCCACACCGAAAACCUUUGAGAAGUCAAUGCAAAACCUCCAGAUCAAGAUCGAUGCCAAGAAGCAACAGGUGGAGGAAGCCCAGCAAGAGCUGAAAAAAGCUGAAGAUGAGUUUGAAGACACAAAAGAUGCCAAAGCAGAAGCCAAUGUGGAGAAGAAAAAAAAACUGUUGAAGCGACUGGAAGAGCAGCUGGCCAAGUUGAAUGUCCAGGCCACAGAUAAGGAGGAGAACAAGCAGAUAGCUCUGGGCACGUCCAAGCUGAAUUACCUGGACCCCAGGAUUAGCAUCGCUUGGUGCAAGAAGUUCGGCGUGCCCAUCGAGAAGAUCUACAACAAGACUCAGAGGGAGAAGUUUGCCUGGGCGAUCGAUAUGGCCGAUGAGGACUUCGAAUUCUGAGAACAGUGCCUUUUAUGCUGCUGCAGUUGUUGCCGGGUUGGAGCUGGGGGUUGUCUAAUGAAGGGUUUUGAUACAGGCAGUUUGUGCCUUUUUGCAUACAAAAGAAAACACCCAGUUUCUAGUUGAAACAGGUAUUGCUGACUUGUGACACUCAUCCUGAUUGCAGUGACUUUGUGAACUUUUAAUUCUUCUUUAGAGUUGCCAAGUGCUUUGGAUCUUUUCUUUCCUCUUCCGGAGUCUAGGAAGAAGAUUGAAUGAGAGCCUUAAUUGUGCUGAUAAACAAGAUUAGACCUAAUCCCAUCUCCUUGAUGUAAUGGAGCUGUGCUGUCCUUUUCAGACUUUCUGAAUUGGCUUGGUGGGGAAAUACAAGCCAAUAACAGCAGCAAAACAGGCAGCUGCAGUAUAAGGCCUGGGUCAGGGAUAUGCAGGAAGGAAAGGAAAAAAUCUCAGAGUUUUACAUGUCAGGGUAUUUUGUCUUUCAGCUCCAGGAGAGAAGAAAAUUGUGCAACUGCACAAACAUAAUAAAAAUGGAAAAAUGUUCUGGGACAGUGCAAAUGUCACGGUAGGAGGAGGAGGGAGAGGAAGAUGCUGGAUUAAAAAGCAGGAUUAAAAAUCCUCACAUUGAACGGAUGACAUUCACCUCGGCAUGAGCAAAGUGUACUUUUUCACCCCUCUGUGGUUAAACCUUGGUCUGGGAGAGAACAUCUCAUUUGGGGCCAUACUUUCCUUCCCCUACUUGCUUCGGUUGGCUCUGGCUCACCUCGCUGUACCCAUAGUAGAAACUAAACUGUUCAGCCCCAGAUUUAGCACUGGGAAAGGAUGAUGCGGUGGGGCUGGACCAGACUGUGGUGGGAUGUGAGGGUGCUGGGGAGAGGCACCGAGCUUGCUGGAGCUGUGCCUGCGUGGGAGAACAGCUUUGUCAUCAAGCUGCAUCCUCCCCAGUCUGUUCCCAGUGGGGAUGGAGCAGGCAGGGAUGGGUGGUAGAAACUGCUGGUGCUUGCUGCCUAAUUGGCUGCUUUUCAGAGGUGGGGGAAAAAAAAAAAAAAAGCGAUAUCAGCAUGUACCUGGCAACAGUUAGCCUACAUACCAGUGAAUCUCAGGUGUAAGCAAGCUGUUGCAUUGGCAGCAAAGCCUUCUGGCAUCUCAGGGCUGAUGUUCAGGUUGCUGUAGUCCAAAGCUCGGUGCUUCCCAUGUGUUUAUUCACAGCCACUUGUUCUUGUGUUUAAACCGUUGCUAUUUUGGUUGGAAGUCGAGUACUUGAAAUGCAUUUCAUUAAAAGUGGAAAUGAUU